GCGGCAGCGGUAGGCAUCGGAGGUGUAGCUGGAGUAACGCCUGAGGGCAACAGGUCGGACACGGUGGAACGGUGGUAGAUGGACACUCCCAACUGAGAUCGCUCCCGGACGUGCAGUCCCAGGUGUUUCUAUCACUCCCGGACGUGUAGUCCCACCCGAUUAUAUUUCACGUAUUAUCAUACACUGCCACAUACAAGCGGUUUAGGGUUAGGGUUAGGGUUAAGGUUAUGGUUAGGGUUAAGGUUAGGGUUAGAAACAAAAAACUAACAUCAAAAGAUAACUAGCUCCGUUAUAUGGCGGUGGGACCGAUAGUCUGGCUAGUGGGAGCGAGCUGACAGGGGAGCGUCCUGCGUUGGGAGCGUCAAUCAGGGAAUCUUGUGGAAAGUUGUGGCGAGGCGGAAGUUUGGCUUUCCUAAUUGAACCAUCACUUGGCUCCGGUAAACUACGAAGAAGGGAAAGCCAUGACGUCUACAAGAAUAUCAAGAUUGGUGUUGCAGUCCUUGAUCAUCCUUUCUUACACAGCGGGAAGUUUCGCAUGCACAGUAAAAACAGAUACUGUCCGGCUGGGGGACAGCAUCACAGUUAACCUUCCAGGAUCUACAUUCAGCCAGUGCAAAGGCAAUGGCGGCAGAGUGAUUGAGUGUGAGAAGGGAUCUUUUUCUGGUGAAGCUCGGUGGACGGACCACAUUAGAGGGAGCUGUGACCGGAUAGUAUUCUUCGACAUCACAGACUCAUUUUAUAUGCAAAUUAUUUGUGAUGACCUCCAUGAUCCUAAAAAUUGCGUAGACAUACGCUUAAAGAAGCAUGCUGACAGUGACACCAAACCUGACUCAAUCAAAGAGCCAUCAACACCACCAACCCCUACUACUACCGUGUAUCCGACAACAACAAGAACAACAACAAGAACAACAACAAUCGACUCAACUAAAGGUCCAGGAGAUUCAUCUCGUGUCCAGCUUACAAUUGGUGUGGUGGUGGGUGUACUUGUUAUUGGUGUGCUUAUUGUGGGUGCAUUCAUACUGCACAAGCAAGGAAAAUUGUCUUUUCCUUGCUGGGACCAGGGUGGGCCGGACCCAGCCAACGGUAAACACGCUCGCUUUCAGAGAGUGCAGAAGAACGACCUUAAUGGUACAUCACAUGUAGAAUCAGUUUCUCUACAGAGGAACGAUUGUGAGAUUGAUGUUGAUGGGAAACCAUUAUCGGUGGACACUGAACCAGCGACGCCAUAACCUUAUGGUGUACCACCACCUUGCAGACCGAUCAGGUGGGGUCCCAGAAUGGAAGAAGGGCUUUUUGUUGAAGUGAUCUAAUGAGUACUGCAACCUUUGCUUGAAACAAAGCAACCAGAAAUCAUUUUUAUACAAAAGUGCCGCAUAAUGCAGUAAAUAACGGUGAGCACGGCAAUAUUGAUGAAAUUCCGAUGCAAGUUCUGGACCUUGGAAGGUUAUCCAAAACUCUGUGUAAAAUGAGAUGUGUUUUAUGUUGCAAACGAAUAUUUAUCAGGAAUGUAAAAUGAAAUGAUCUGGUUCACAUGUUUUAAAUGAUAGACAGACUUUUGAAGAUUACUGUUUGUUUACUGUUGACUUUGAGUAUCAUGAAAAGCGCUUUAUAAAACAUAUUUAUUAUUAUUUAAAAAUGCUGUCCUUUUAGUUACCGUGUUUUCUUUUUAAGGGGGAUAUGUGGGUAUGCAAUGUGUGAUAUACAUGUAAGAAUGAGCUAUAUGUUUAAUGUGUAAUAAUGAUGUGUGCAAUGUCUUGUGUAUUCUGUAUGUAGCCUAUGUAUUCUAUUGGACACUUUAUUCUCCCUCUGCAUUAAUAAAUUAUACUCUACUCAA